UUCCCAAGUCCAUCCAUUACCUGAAUAUCAACCUGAAUAUCAACCUGAAUAUCAAAUUGACAAUCCCCUUGAUUCCAAUUCACUUUUGAUAUUUCACUCCUCUUCAUGAUUAUAUAUUCCCUCAGAUAUCAAUCCGCCUUUCAAGAACACUCUCCGAUCUAUUGUGCUCCCCAGGUCCUUAGAAAAUUCAUCGUGUCUCCUGACCAUCACCGUCGACACUCCCAAAAGUCAUGGAAUAAUGGUCAACAUAAGUGUAGUUGAAGGAUACUGGAUCGAAUGGGCUACACAAUACUUCCACACAUGAUGCCUGUGGACGCAAAACCACAGCUGCAUCCCUUCUUCGCACCAGCGGGAUCUAAAGAUUUUCACCAACAGCCAGAGACCACAGAUGCACUCAGGAUUGACCCAACCCCAAAAAAUCACGGAACAAUUACGAGCCAAACUCAUGGCACUACCGCAAGCAGCGAAGCCCCCUCGGACGCCGGAACCAGCCGAACGAAACCGAGACAAGUGCUCCUUAGCGAGUUCAUUAAGAAUUCCAAUCGGAAGGACGAACAAAGCGAAAUUGCACAAGCAGCGACAAAGUCUCCGGAGGCGCAUACGGAUAUCAGUCAGCCGAGGAAACGGAGAAAGCUUUCGAACGAAACCAACGAGAUCCUAGUGGCUUCCGAUCCCUCCAAGGUAGAGGACAAUGGGUCUUUACCUGAUGAUCCUACAUCGUGGCGUGAACAGUUGUUAGACGAAGCCAAACCCGAUUCUGCGGAGCCUGCAGCGAAAACAGUUAAAAAUGGAGGUUCGUUGCGCGAAUUACGUCCCCGAAAUCCAGGGGAUGGCGUUGUCAUUGAAGAACAAACAAAUGGGCGACCGAAGAGAAGAAAACCGCCUACCCGGAAAUCUCCAACUGCAAAGAAAGCUAGGAAGCAAGAACUCGGUGUCAUUAUUUCAUACGGAAAGGCAGCAAAGAGUGAUACUGAAGAGCUCGGUGCCCGCAUCAAUGCUAUUCUGUCUGGAGACCUAGUCCUUUCAACUGGGUUGAAAAAGGCAUCUGCACCGUUAGCUAAUGCUUCAGUAAAGGGUCGUCCCAUUCACCCUUACUUCAAGUCCAGAGCUGCAAGAGAACAACAGGUGGUGGCGGACAAAGGCUCUACUGUCAUCGCCAGAGUUCAACAAGAUGGGCCGGCACGCAAAAUGGCUUUUAGCAGUCCAGGAAAGCUCCGUGCGGAGACAUCGGCAAGAAAGGGCCAAACAAGUUCUAGGGAGCCCGAAGUGAUCUAUCAGUCAUUCCAUCUCAACAAGCCCAAAACGAUCGAAAACACGGAUGCACCAUGGCCUCGGAAAUACAUGGCGCAUGUCCGUGGAACUCUGGAGAAGCAAUAUCUCGAUCUCUCCAGUCCCAUCGGUCAUGGCCGGAAAGGAAGCAGCAGGGAGAAGAGGGCGGUACUGGGAGUUGGAGAUUCAGAAAACAUUAUAAACCAACAAUGCUCUUUGCUGAUGGCAAAUAACCUAUUGCCGCAUGACAAAGAUGGUGGCCGUCAUCCGUCUAUUCACCUCCCGCAACGAGUCCUCACUACAGGAGCUGGGAUCAGAAAUGAGCUUGAGCAAGAACUGUCCGCCUCGACUGCCGAUACUACACGAAUACAUCAAACCCUGAGCGAGGCCUUUGCGAACGACCGUAGCCAUCUCACUGCUUUCGAUACAGGGGGAUAUGAAAGGGACCUCUGGACCACGAAGUACUCUCCCAGUCGAUCUAGUGAAGUUCUUGGGAAUGCUAAGAAUGUGGCUAUUCUGAAAGACUGGUUGUCCUGUUCAGCAUUAACUGGCAACGAGGCUUCCACAAAAAGCGCGGGCACCCCCUCUAAAAGUUUUCCUAAGCCCAGAAAACAGAAAAAGCGGAAAAGACAAGGUGACGACCUAGACAACUUCAUUGUGUCCAGCGAUGAAGGAGAAACGAAGUCCUUCACCGAGAUUUCCGACGAUGAGAGCCAUCUACCGUCAUCCAGCACCACCCGUUCGAUCAAGUCCCUGAUUCUGGAGGGCGGCGCGAGUCGAGACAAAGACGAAUCCGGGCGGCAGCUUCACAAUUGCGUCCUAAUCAGCGGUCCGCGUGGCUCCGGGAAAACGGCUGCAGUGUACGCAGUCGCUAGGGAGCUCGGUUUCGAGGUUUUCGAAAUCAAUCCUGGGUCCCGGAGAAGUGGUCGAGAUGUUCUGGAUAGAGUCGAGUAUAUGACUGGCAAUCACCUCGUCCAUCGCAGUUCCAAUGGGCCCAAUGGAUCAAGCGUCACUGAUGAAGGAAAAGGAACAGUGAACCCAACUGAGGAAGCCCUUGCCCCGAGACAAGGACACAUGAAGUCUUUCUUUCAACCGAAAAUAAAAGUCCAGCCAUCGAAAACUGCGUCAAUCCCCACAUCAGCGGUCAAAUCCGAACCAGCAAGCGGAAGCUUUGACAAGGUUGAACUUAAAACCCCACGGAGGCAGCCAAAGCAAUCACUCAUCUUGCUUGAAGAAGCUGAUAUUCUCUACGAGUCAGACAAGCAGUUUUGGUCAACCAUCACGACUUUGGCUUCUCAUUCUAAAAGGCCAAUCGUCCUCACUUGCAACGACGAGCGAUCGAUAUCCACGGAAGCCCUCCCUUUCUUCGCCAUUCUUCGAUUUGAACCGCCUCCCGUGGAUCCAACCGUCGACUAUCUACUACUCACGGCCGCCCGAGAGGGCCAUAUUCUGGAGAGGGAAGCAGUCAAAGAACUAUACGAGAUUCGCGGCCAUGAUCUCCGGGCCGCCAUGAUGGAUUUGAAUUUCUGGUGCCAGAUGGCCGUGGGCGAUCGGAAAGGGGGUCUCGAAUGGUUCCUGCAGCGGUGGCCUCCUGGUUCUGAUGUCGAUGACCAAGGCCAACUGCUACGAGUCGCAAGCCGACACACAUAUACCACCGGAAUGGGCAUUGUCAGUCGGGAUCUAUUCCAGCCAAACCAAUGUGUGACCGGCAACGAGACAGAACUGGUAGUCAUGGAAGCGUGGCGAUCCUGGGGUGUCGAUAUUGACGAGAUUUCCGAGAGUAUCAGUCCCUGCGUCGUCUCUGCUCCCCGGGUGUCGAAUGGAGACGGAGCCCCGCCAUCGAUCCACACCUUGGAUGCUGAUGCAGACCUGGAGAGCAUUGCCGACCUCUUUCGAAACUGGGCGACGCCACCUCCGAUCAAAGAACCAAUCGACGCUACCCUGCCAAACCCUCCACCUGGAUUGAAGGCCGACUCUCUGGACGGUCGUCAGAUCUUAUACGCAGAUCCGCAAACGCGCUACGUCGAUACACCCGCAGAGAUUGCAACAUAUAUCUCUCUAAAAUCCUGUCAGAGCCAUAGGCAGAUUUACGAUGCCUAUUCUAUGCCUGGUAAGGACGCCACUUCUGCUCCCGACAGUCUCGAGCAACCAACCAUAGAGGCCAUCAAGGCCUACUCGGCGAGAAGCAUGUCCUACGACCGUCAUACAAUCCGAGCCAAAGACCUGGACGAACGCAUGAUCGAAGCUUUAUCGGAAGCAACCCUGUCUGGAACAGAGUUUCCACCCGCCGGACCCAUGGUUGCAGCCACGUUGGCCCAUCGGGGGAUAUCAAUCAGCACAACGGAUAUUGCACCUUACGUACGAAGCAUUGCUAGGUUCGAUCAAGCCUUGGAAGGGCAGAGAUUAAGGCUUAGCAACUUGCUUUCCGGCGGCGGCCAGCGUCCCCCGCGAUUGCGAAUGACGCGAGCGAGCAGGAGCGCGCUUGAAGGGGGCCGGCGAGAAACGACGAGAAGGGAGCGCUGGUUCGCCAGCGACGUGAACUUGGAGCUGGCCAUGGACUCGGCCGGUUCCGACUGGGCUGGUUUGGGAGGUAAGGUGCCAGAGGUACCGGUUGACGCAAGCACUUCCAGCAGAGAUGAUGAUGGCUCGAACGAAAGUCCCCAGGUUGCUCAGUCCCAGGAAUAAGGGGGAUGCAUCGUAGGGCGGGGGGAGAAGCCAUGGAGUUAAUCACGACAUUUAGAAUGGGAUCUGGGAUGAAUGAUGAAUCAGAGAGCAGCUAGAUCCUAUU